ACGCAAUCCGUAAGUGACAGUCCGCGGCCCGUCGGUUGUUCAGCCGAUCAGAAAGUGGUAAAGGUGCGUCCAAAGACCCGCGAGUGUGCCUCGUUAAAGUGCAAGUGUAAAGUGCUUUAUGUUUGCAUCUAUAAUAAAGUGAAAAGUGCAAUAUGACGGGAAGAAUGGCUGGUCAGACUAUAAACGACCGACUUCUYGCGGCUAAGCACAGUCUAGCCGGUCAGGGAUUAGCCAAGUCCGUUUGUAAGGCCACGACCGAAGAGAUGAUUGGCCCCAAAAAGAAACAUUUAGAUUAUUUACUUCACUGCACUAACGAACCAAAUGUCUCAAUCCCGCAAUUAGCAAAUCUUCUCAUCGAACGGUCACAAAACACAAAUUGGGUGGUUGUAUAUAAAGCUCUCAUCACAGUUCAUCACAUGAUGUGUUACGGAAACGAAAGAUUUACACAAUAUUUGGCAUCRAGUAACAGCACGUUUCAACUGAGCAAUUUUCUUGAUAAAAGUGGUGUUCAAGGAAUUCUAAAUGUUAGGACUGGUUACGACAUGUCACCUUUUAUCAGACGGUAUGCCAGAUAUUUAAACGAAAAAGCGCUGUCUUACAGAACCGUUGCCUUCGAUUUUUGCAAAGUGAAAAGAGGGAAAGACGAUGGCAUGUUGAGAACUAUGAAUGCUGACAAGCUUUUAAAAACUUUACCUGUUUUGCAAAAUCAGUUGGAUGCUCUUUUGGAGUUUGAUUGUUCAGCGAACGACCUUACCAAUGGUGUCAUUAAUAUGUGUUUUAUGUUGUUGUUCAAGGAUCUUAUAAGACUUUUCGCAUGCUAUAAUGAUGGUAUUAUUAACUUAUUAGAAAAAUUCUUCGAUAUGAAUAAAAAGCAAUGCAAAGAGGCUUUGGAUAUUUACAAAAAGUUCCUCAUUCGAAUGGAUAAAGUGGCCGAAUUUUUGAAAGUUGCUGAAAAUGUCGGUAUUGAUAAAGGGGACAUACCUGACCUCACUAAAGCUCCCAGCAGUUUGUUAGAUGCCCUUGAGCAACAUCUGAAUCAUCUUGAAGGCAAGAAGAAUUCCCAGACGAAUUCGUCUCAAUCGACAAGCAAUCAGAAAAACGUCAAAUCGGGCGUUUCCGCUUUAUCUUCAACCAGUAAUGCUUUCGGCAACGUCGUUGCCAACGGCCGUUUCGACACUCCGGCCAACGGCAUCGACGAAAAUCUCAAACUUCAAAUCUUAGCUGAAGAAGAAGCCGCGAUGAAUCAGUUCAAAUCAAAAGUAAAUUCGCCACCAGCUGGUCCCAAUCCAUUUUUGAACAAUUCGUCUUCGACGUCGAGCAAAACUACUCCACAGUCGGCUUCCGAAAUUGAUUUGUUUGCCGCCGAACCGAUUUCAGCUCCUGCUAGAACUUCCGAUGAUUUGUUACAGUUGUCUAAUCCUUUCGCAGACGCCUUUGCUCAACCCCAGCCAGUCAAUACUGCGCCCUUCAUUCAACCUAACAAUAUUUGGAUGGCGAACGGAAAUGCAUUUGUAGCCCAACCACCGAGUCCAGUCGUCUCUAAUGGAGCCUUCGUUUCGGAAAAUAAUUUCGCAUCGGUUUUUGGAAAUGCCGAACCGAAAAGCACAGGUUUUGAUGCUCUCGGCGGGGUCCUGCAGCCCGUGUCAGCCGGUCAGACAACCACAUCUCCUGUCACUAACAACAACAACAAUAAUAAUAAUACGAACAACAACACACAGACGGGAGCGUUACUGACAGGUGACUUGGAGUCCAGUCUUGCGUCAUUAGCGGAGAAUCUCACAAUUAACAGUCGAACAGCGCCCAUAAAGGGUGUGCAAUGGAAUUCGCCGAAAAACGGAUCGAAAACUAACAACUGGACCCCUCAGCCGAUGUCCGCGACCACCGGUGCCGGGUAUAAACCCAUGAAUCAGUCAAUGUCGAGUCCACCACUCAGCAUGCAAACCACUCUACAGCCUCAGAUGUACCCACAAUUGCCGCCCAUGAUGGGGAUGCGUCCGAUUGUAACAAGUCCAGCGAUGAUUCCACAGAUGAGUCCUUUGGGAGUGGUCCCAAAUCCGGCAAGUCAGAUGGGCCAACAGUCGCUACUUUUCCAUUGAAAUGCCAUCGUUGUAAAUAAAUUUCAAGUGUUACAAUCAAGGGUACAAUAAUAGUAUAAUUAUGUACAUAUCCAAUUAUUACGAAAUGUGAUGAUUUUUCAUAUCUAUAAUUUUUUUAUAACGGCUUCUGUAGUGGUUUGAAAUUUUUUGUUAUCAAUAUUUAUGUUAAUUAAAUUAUUGUUAGUGUAUACGUAAAAUGUCAAUCUGUCCAUAUCGUAGUGAAUUGCGUUCACGUAUAUGUUAAUUGAUAAAUAUUCUAAAAUUGUUGUAGGUCUCUAAACGUGAUGAAUCAGUUCAAUUAAAGUUUUAUCAAACGUUGCGCAGGUAGUGAUAAAAGUGUUGAUCAUUUUGUGGGGGUCACGCCCUCACUGCGCUACUUGGGACUAAGAGAGACAAUAAACUUUUUCAAUGUUGGUAGCUCUGCAACAUUGGAUUUCAAAAUGACUGUAUAUUUUUAAGUAGGUGUUAAAGAAUUGCCAUGUAAUUUUUAUGAAUUGUAUUUUGCACAAAUCUUCAGCACUUUAAGUACACAUUGUUGUUUCCUUUAAGAUUUGUUUCAAUGAGGAUUUGUUAAGAUUGUGUAUAUAAGAUUUCCAGAUAUGUACUCACAAAUACAAUGUAUUUCACAAAGUACUCUAUAUUUACUUAUUAAUGUAUCUAAUACUGCUUCUGUAUACUACACAUUUUGUUAAUUUUAAUGUGUAAUAAACUGUAUUAUCGAAAACUUGAUCAAUAACUACACGCAGCCUCCCUUGAAAU